AUGAAAGUCCAAGACUUCUGGCCGUUCCGCCCGCGCUACCUGUCUCUACAUGUUCAGAGGCUUAAUCUUGGCUGCACCCAGUCCAAAGCGCUCAGUAUCCUCCACGACCCCGAACAGGUCUUCCAGCUCAGCCCGCUCGUCUACAAGAUUGGUGAAGAUGGCUCGUGGUACACAUUACCCGAACGCCUGCCACUCUUUGGGAGUCGCUCCACGACGAAUGUCUACCGAUGCCAGUAUACGAAAGUGGAGGGGGGGUAUAAUUGUGAUGUGCACGGGUCGCUGGGGACACGUCUGAACAUUCGAAUGCACGUCCGCAUGGAGGGUAAGUACAUUGUGGUGAACGAGAGGGUGGCGGUCAAGGCUUUGUUCUUCCUCAUGCCCUACAUCGUAUCCACCAUGAUGGAUGUGGAUAUACAUAAAAUGUGGAUAGAUUCGCUGGUGGCUAGGAUAAUGCAAAGUGAAAUUGCUCAGUGGGGCGCAUAG